ACGAGAUCUAGCAUUCAAUGUUGUAAAUAUAGAAGGCUUGAGACAGUCAACUAUGUAAAUAUGGAAAGUAGAAUAUCCUAAAGUAUAAUCAUAGGAUCUAGACUGUAUAUAUUGGUGUAAUGUGCCUCUGCAAUAUGAAUAUACAGAGUAUUUUUUGUCCAUCUCUUACAUGGUAUCAGAGCAAGGUAGUUCACCCUAGUUGAGUAAAACUAUCAUCCCAAAGUUGAAGCAGCCAUAGUUGUUCCCGAAGAUAUGGUCACAAGGUGCAGCCCUGUCGUCCCCUAGAUCGUGAAGUUGAAGCAUCCCUGUAUGAGCGUUGUCGUGCCCUAGAUUCAGUCGUGAAGUUGAAGCAGCCUUGCUGUGCCCUAGAUCCAGUCACGAGAUUGUGAGAUCCGAAACCAACCGCAGAUUGUCUGCCUACUUUGCACCCUGCUGCUUCUGCCUUGUGUGUUUCUAGUGACUGCUGUGUGCAGCUGCUGCGUGUGGCGGCUUCUGCUCCAGCCCCCUGCGUUCUCUGGCUUCCAUCGCCCUCCUGCUUACUGCGGCUGUUUUGCAGACUUGCUGGCAACCUGCUCUGACCAUGUUGCAACUCACUGAAAGAAGCCCUUUUGCGUGCCCAGGUUGCAGUUGCGUUGUUAUUUUUUUGGCAGCCAGUUCCAGGUUUUGUGUCGUUUCUGUUUUUGGUGGUGACUGCUGUUGAGUUGCAGUAGCGUUUUCAUUUUCUGAUCCGGUUGAAUCAGUAGGGUAGAGAUCUUGAUGGCAGCCCUGGAACCAAACACCACUAAUGCUACCAAACAAGUGAAUGCUAAAGGGGUCAACACUGUCAUUUCUGAUGUCAUUCCUAUGACAACAAAAAUCACGAAGCACAAACCUAAUGAUAAGGAACUAUUUGGACUGGAGCAAAACUGUUCGGAUAUAUCUUUGCAGCAUUGAAAGAGAUGACCAUCUCACUGAUGAACUGCCCUCUAAUGCUGCUGCAAAGAAGGUAUGGCUGCGUGAGGAUACCACGAUAUUUCUGCAGAUCCGAAACUCUAUCGACACCGAGGUGGUGGAAGAUCUUCGUGAACGUUUCUUUGGUCCUUCUUUUGAGCUUACAUCUCAUGAUAAAUAUGCAGAGAUAUGGGCCCUCGAUGAGAAAGAUCCAUUCAUGAAGGCAGAAGAAGGUGGAGAAAGCGUUUCUGAUGUUGUUUCUAGACUCACAAAUGCUUUACUAACCAUCGAGUCACAGUUUGAAGGCUGUGCAAUUCUGGUUGUUAGCCACGGGGACCCCCUUCAGAUCUUGCAGACAAUGCUCCAUGCGGCUAGAGAGCUUGGCAGACCCGACAACGACGACGAUGAUUUGGCAUCGAGGAUACAGGCAAUUCUAGUCCCUCACAUCCUAUCACAGCACCGGAAGUUUAGCCUUCUUACUGGAGAACUCCGGGCCGUUGUAUGAAUUGGUAGCUUUUCUAGUUAAUCGGCAUGUGGCCUACAUUAUAUGGCCAAUUAGCUUGUGAAAUGCCACAUCUUUUUGAUAAAUUUUGUUCAAAAAGGUGAUGUGAUCUCUUGCUAGGAUGUGACGUUUGGCCAAAAUUCUUCACCAAGGUUUAAUUACUGCAAAUUGCUAGGAUGAACUUGUAUUCAUUCCCCUGCAACAACAGAUGGGUAUUUCUGCCAUAAUUUUCAAUACCAUUUUGAGCAAAGUAUUGGAUUUGCUAUUGGUAUGAUAUGAU